GUUCGCGAUUCGCGCGACGCUGGCAUGACGUGUUUAUGCGUUAAUUUUAAAGUUUAAUUUUAAAACAAUAAAAUAAGAGAUUAGUAAAUUAUAAUAAAUAUCAUUGUGCUGUACUUAUGUUAUGUUGAAAAUUUAAUGUAAAAUAUAUCUGCAAAUAAAAGAAGAUGCUGGUCUACUUUCUACUGCUGGGUUCUACCCUGGCGUACCCUCAAGUUACGAUAAAACCGGACGUCCUGGUAGACGUGUUUGGCACACCGCCUACCACCAAGAAAGCACCAGGACUUGAAGAUAUAACAGUGCGACCUACGGACAGUACAUCUACGUUCGUCGACAGCAACGGGGAUGCGUGCAAAUGUGUGCCUUAUUACCUAUGCGAUACGAACUUGAAUGCUGUGGACGCGUACAACGAGACCGUCACUGGCGCCUUCAAAUUGGAUAUUAGAUUCGGCGUUGACGAAUGUCAGGAGAGCGUGGAGCGUUGCUGCAAGGACCCGAAGCCCCCGCAGCCGCCGCCGGAGCCCGACACUAAGAACCUAAAGGGCUGCGGCUACAGGAACCGGAAAGGGAUUGAUUUUAGUAUUACUGGUGGUUUUGGUUCAGAGGCUCAGUUCGGUGAGUUCCCAUGGGUGGUGGCAUUACUGGACUCUGUAGACGGUCGCUACGCGGGCGUCGGUGCCCUCAUUCACCCUCAAGUUGUGAUUACAGGCGCACACAUCGCUUCCAAAUUCCAGCCUGGCGGGCUGAAGAUCAGAGCUGGUGAAUGGGACACACAGACGAACAAGGAGCGUCUGCCCUCGCAGGAGAGGAUAGUCCAAGAGAUCUACCUACAUCCAGAAUUCCACUCGAAGAGUCUUCGUAACGACCUGGCUCUGCUCCUGCUGAAGGAGCCAGUGCAGCUGGCUGACCACAUCAACGUCAUCUGUCUCCCGUCUCAGGAUGAACUGUUUGAAACUAGCAGAGAUUGUGUCGCUAACGGUUGGGGAAAGGAUAGCUUUGGUAAAAAAGGCAGUUACGCUGUGAUUUUAAAACUCGUCGAGUUGAAUAUGGUGAGGCACCAGACGUGCGCCGCCAUACUGAAGUCCACACGACUCGGAUACAACUUCAGACUGCACGACAGCUUCGUGUGCGCGGGGGGGGAGGAGGGCAAGGAUACUUGUCAGGGCGAUGGCGGGGCUCCGCUGGCGUGUCCCGUAGGCGAUGACAGAUACAAACUGACAGGUUUAGUCGCGUGGGGCAUCGGCUGCGGGGAGAAGGGAGUGCCCGCUGUUUAUGUCAAUGUGUCAAAAUACCGCGCUCUUAUUGACAGCAAGAUGGCGGUCUGGGGCUUCGAUACUAGCGCCAAUAACGUUUAAUUUUUUAUUAUAUUAAUAAAACAAUUCAUAUAUUUUUGUCGCUUUAUUGAACUGAA